CUGACGUAAAUACGCACAUGCCUGUGUUUAUAGGAGGGCGCGAGUGCACACAUACAUGACUUGUAUUUAGAGAUCCAUACUAAAUGUCAACUGUUGCUAUAAUAUAUCAAUACAGACUAUUUUUGAAUAAUAAUCCCAAAUGAAACUUAGUGUAUUAUGAUUCUUCAUGCCGUCGUUGUUUUGAUUUGACCAUACUCUUCCUUCCUCCUUUUUAUCGACUCUAGUAACAAAUCGAACUGAGUAUUAUAGCCUGACUACACCGACGCUAACUGUAGCAUAAGAAAAUACGAUUCACAGUAGUUUGGUCCAUUGACGGCUAAACUCUAUCAAGUCAAUAGAAAUUGAAUAAAAAUGAUUCCUCUUACCAUCAACUGUAUUUUCCUGCUAUACGGCGUUUGUUCUGCAAGUCCAGUAAGAACACCAUCAUUUAAUAAUGCUUAUACUGCAAAAGGUACUUUAUACAUACCUUAUGCUGAAAUUCGAGAACCAUUUUAUGCAUGGUUUGAUGAUCAAACAGGCAAUAGUAGAAUAGAUUAUUAUGGAGGUAUGGUCAAAACUUAUCAACUAUCAAGUGAAGGGCCUUACGGAACUAGCAUUAAAGUAGCUCCCGUUACAACUGAAAGUGAUGUAAAUAAACAAACAUGUCUACAAGUAAAUGGAACAGGUGAAAUGAAAAUUAGACCACAAACUAUUAUACCGGAUACUAAUGGAAUGGAAUGUAUUGGAGAAGAAAUGAUCAAUGGUUUAAACUGUGAAAAAUGGCGCCUUGUUGAAACUAUAGAAGAAAAAACAAAUAAAUAUACCUUAUGGAUUCGUUAUAAGAAAUCAACGUCGAUACCUCAAGUAAAAGUACCAAUUCCUGUAAGGUAUGAAAUGCGUGGCUUUAACACACUUUUAGGAUCUCAUUAUGAUCAUUAUUAUUUAGAGUAUGAUUGGUAUUCUUUUGAAACACCCAGUUCUGAAGUUUUUCAAGUAGAGCAAAAUUCAAGCUGCAUAAGUUUCCCUGGGCCAGGUGAUCAAUACGUAUAUAGUUUUAAUCCAAUGCAAGAAUUUAUUCAUAAUUAUCAAGAUCAUGUAGACGCUGCAUUCAAUAAUUUUAAAAAUGCUUAUAAGAAGAAUUAUGGUCAUGAUUUAGAACAUAGGAAACGUAAAGAACAUUUUAGACACAAUCUUAGGUAUAUUCAUUCAAUGAAUCGUGCCAAUUUAGGAUUCCAAUUGGAUGUUAACCAUUUGGCAGACCGUACAGAUUCCGAAAUAAAAGUUUUGCGUGGAAAACAAUAUACAAAACAUGGAUAUAACGGAGGCUUACCAUUCCCUUAUGAAAUUGAGAAAGAAAAGAAUAAUUUACCUGAAAAUUUCGAUUGGAGACUGUAUGGUGCUGUAACACCAGUAAAAGAUCAAUCUGUAUGUGGUUCUUGUUGGAGUUUUGGUACAACUGGUGCAGUUGAAGGUGCUUAUUAUAUGAAAUAUAAAAAAUUAGUGAGACUUUCACAACAGGCUCUUAUUGAUUGUUCUUGGGGUUUUGGAAAUAAUGGCUGUGAUGGAGGCGAAGACUUCCGUUCCUACCAAUGGAUUAUGAAACAUGGAGGUUUACCAACGGAAGAAGAAUAUGGUGGUUAUCUUGGACAGGAUGGAUAUUGCCACAUCAGUAAUGUUACCCAAAUUGCAAAACUAAAAGGAUUUGUCAAUGUUAAACCUGCAGAUAUAAAUGCACUGAAACUUGCUAUUUUUAAGCAUGGACCCAUAUCAGUAGCUAUAGAUGCUUCUCACAAGACAUUUUCGUUUUAUUCAAAUGGUGUAUAUUAUGAACCUUCAUGUGGUAACACGGAGCAAGCACUUGAUCACGCAGUUUUAGCUGUAGGUUACGGUACCAUAAAUGGUAACGGCUAUUGGCUAAUAAAGAAUUCAUGGUCCAAUUACUGGGGUAAUGAUGGAUACAUACUAAUGGCUCAGAAAAAUAAUAAUUGCGGAGUUUUAACCGCACCAACAUAUGCAAUUGCAGCAUAAUACUCUAUAGCUUUAAAGUAAUGUUUAUCUUAAAGCAACAAUGGUACCAGAUUAAAAAUUAAAAUAAUAA